CAAGCUUCCUGACAGUUUUCACCUCGUAAGCUGCACACGUCUUUUCACGGCCAGAAGGCGUUACUGAAAUUUGCUAAAAAAUGAAGUCGUUUUGUUCUUUAAGUUUCCUUGGCCUUCUUAUAAUUGUAAAUAUCGCUUAUGGUGCCGAGAAGGUCGAAGAAAAACCACUGGAAGAGCCAAAUCUGUUAAGAGAGUCGGAGGCUUCUGCGACCAACGAGGCCAAGUCAGAGACGCCAACCGCUUCAACCGAUGAAAACACAUCGGAGGACGACGAAAACUAUGCAUUGGGAUCGUUGUGUAAUUAUUGCUCGUACUGCAAGUUCUGUCAGCUGUGCGACAAGGAUUGUCCAUGCACAAAAUCUAAGAAGAAACCAAAUUGUCAUUUGUGCAAGUAUUGCAAAUAUUGCAGCCUUUGCAACUUGUGUGACACAGUUUGUACCCCAGGAGGAAUUGUGGAUGUAGUGAGUUCAGCUAUUUACAACUCUCUUCCAUCUUUUGACAAAGAAACAAAGGAAAGUGUUGACAAGGACAUUGAAUCAGCACGAAAGUGGAUCAAAGAAUACCUUUGAUGAUUUAAAAACAUGACUUUUUGUAUCAACAAUCAUGUAACAUUAUAAUUUACAAUGUUUGAAAUUUUGUCAGUGUAUUUGUUGGCAAUAUUAUUUUCAAUCCUCUUGGAGAGAAAAUCUUUUAGCCAAUCACACAAUCUUUCAGAUCAAUAAGCUUAAAUGCAUGACCAAACUUAACAUAAUUUUUUGUAAAAAGAUGUUGAGAAUGAUAAAUAAACUAAACUUUUUUAUUUCCAAAACUGUACAUGUGCUGUUUAAAAAUAAGCGUAUACCACUCAAAAGAGGUUUCCUACAUGUACCGGUAUUUUUGUGCCUUGUCAGUGUUUUCUUGCAGUAUGAAUUAUUAGAAAUUAAUGUACCCAACAAAGGACUGUGUCUUUGUCACUGACAGAAAAAUCAUCUCAUAUUUUCUUUUUCUUUUAAUAAAACACUGUCAUGUGAGAAAAAGUAAGGAAAAUCAAACUAUGCUAGUAAAACACUUUUUUGUCAAGUUAUAGUUUAAAGUAGCCCACCCUUUCCUACAGGGUGUUUUCUAUUUAUAUACAUGUAUACAAACAUGCCUGCUGUGGGAUUUUCUCAAUGUUAUCACAUCUGGCAAAACUUUCCUUGAAAACAGUUAACUUACAAUACAUGUGGUUGUUGUAGGUUUUUUUUUUAGAUAUCAAAGAAAAAGUACAAUGUUAUGUCAACAAUACCAUACUGUUAGUUUUACAUGUAAAACCUUUUUCUUUGCUAUCAAAUGACUUGUACAUUGAGUCAAAAUGUCUCGUAAAAAAACAACCUCUGAGAAAUAGGAAACAUUACAACUUCCAUUUGUAGCC